GCUCACUGCCCUGUAUGCACUGUGGUACUCAAGAUGCCAAACUGCACGUGUUUCUAGGCAACAAGGAAGAAACUGAAAGCCUUUUAAAAAAUAAAAAAAAAGAUUUAGUAACUCUGAAGGCAUAAUGAUUUAUUUUGCUGGAGAGAGGAGCUCAUCUUAUAAAACAAGUGAAGGAAGCACUGCAUCCCUCAGACGGCACACCAACGUGACAGCAGCAUUAGUGGAGCCCAAAGGUACCAUCAUGUCACUCCUGGAGGUUCUCACCAACAGCCACACGGUGGCUUACCCGGUGUCGGACGCUGUUGCUUUACUGCUUCUUCUUCUGUUGCUGCUGCUCCUCACUGCCUGGGAAUGGACACAUUGGUCAAACAUACCAGGUCCGUCCUUUAUGGCAGGACUCGGUCCGUAUCUUUCCUAUACUCGGUUUAUCUGGACCGGCAUUGGAACAGCAAGCAACUACUACAACAACAAAUACGGCAGCAUUGUGCGGGUGUGGAUCGACAGCGAGGAGACCCUCAUCAUCAGCAGGUCCUCUGCCAUCUUUCAUGUCCUGAGGAGUGCCCACUACGUGGCCAGAUUUGGGAGUAAAAAAGGCUUGGAGUGUAUUGGAAUGGAAGGGAGGGGAAUCAUUUUUAACAGUGAUGUGGAACUCUGGAAAAAAGUCAGAACUUAUUUUUUGAAAGCCCUGACAGGACCCGGUCUUAAGAGGACAGCGUCCAUCUGCGUGAGUUCCACAGCGGAACAUUUGGAUCACCUCCAGGACAUGACAGACACCUCGGGACACGUGGACAGUCUCAAUCUGCUGAGAGCCAUCGUGGUGGAUAUCUCCAACAAACUUUUCCUCAGGGUGCCUCUCAACGAGAGGGACUUGCUGAUGAAAAUUCAAAACUAUUUCAAGACUUGGCAAGCGGUUCUGAUUAAGCCUGAUAUAUUCUUCAAAAUUGGAUGGCUCUAUGAUAAACAUAAAAAAGCAGCCCAGGAGCUUCAAGACGCAAUGGAGAUGCUUCUUGACUUGAAAAGAAAGACUAUUCAAGAAUCCGAGAAGCUGGAUGACGAGCUGGAUUUUGCAACGGAGCUUAUCUUUGCUCAGAACCAAGGGGAACUCUCUGGCGACGACGUGAGGCAAUGUGUGCUGGAGAUGGUGAUCGCCGCUCCCGAUACUCUCUCCAUCAGCCUCUUCUUCAUGCUGAUUCUGCUCAAACACAACCCAGACACCGAGCACAGACUGGUAGAGGAGAUGGACGCCGUCAUCAGCGAAAGUGGAGUAGAAAAUGUGGAUUACGCACGUCUGAAAGUGCUGGAGAUUUUCAUCAAUGAGUCGUUGAGGUACCAUCCGGUGGUUGACUUCACCAUGCGCAAAGCUCUGGAAGAUGACGACAUUGAAGGCAUCAGCGUUAAAAAAGGAACAAACAUCAUUCUCAACAUCGGUCUCAUGCACAAGACGGAAUUUUUCCCCAAACCCAAAGAAUUCAACCUGCACAAUUUUGACAAAACGGUUCCCAAACGGUUCUUCCAGCCGUUCGGAUGCGGGCCUCGCUCCUGCGUGGGCAAGCACAUCGCCAUGGUGAUGAUGAAGGCCAUCCUGGUUACACUCCUGUCUCAUUUCAGCGUGUGUCCGCGCCAAGGUUGCACCGUCAACAGCAUCAAGCAGACCAACGACCUGUCGCAGCAGCCAGUGGAAGACGAGCACAGCCUGGCCAUGCGCUUCACCCCGCGAACAACCCAACAUGAAUACGCUCUUCACACUGACACUGUCGGCUCAGACUACUUGCUUUCAGCGUCUGUAAAAAGGUGCUAAAUUUGUAACUUCUAAUGGCUUGUCACUGAGGCAUUUUAGGACACUUACAAUUUGUAAUCGUACACCUUUAGCAACAAAGCGUACUAUCUAGAUAAGGGAUUAAAACAGUUCAAUUACCGCACCUGAUCAGUUUUAAAUUGUAAUACCCACUAGAUGGCAGACAUCACUUGGUAGCACCUUUACCUGUUCAUCUCCAGUAGAGAAGAACAAUGUCGAAGUUUUGAUUAGCAAUGAUUGACUUUGCAACAAAAUGGAAUUACUCAAGUUAAAGGAGAUUUAACACAGAGCGCGCAUUCAUUGCUUACGGUGGCAGUGAGUGAACUCAACACGACUCACUUUACAACAAGCAGCAGUUUGGCAGAUAAAAGAACACAUCUUUUUUUAUAAAAUGGCUUCAAAUUAUUUUGUCACUCCAAGCGGAAGUUUACCGGCAAACUAAACACAGAACGAG